UUGCCCCUAGGAGUGAUUGUGAGUGCAGAUGUUUGUCUCAAUGUGCCCUACGAUUGGCUGGCAACCAGUUCAAGGUGUACCCUGCCUCCUGCCCGUUGACAGCUGGGACAGGAUCCAGCACUCCCGUGACCCUUGUGAGGGGAAAGUGUGGAAGACUGCGUCAUAUCAAAGCAGAAACACUAAAAGGAUACGUGCACAGUCCAGCUGCGCUGUUUUGCACGUUCAAGCCUUUGACGGGGAAGCGGUGUUUCCAACACCUACUUGAAAUACUGUACAGACCAUGAUGGCUUCCAUGCUGCUGAAGUCAAUACGAAGCUCCCCUGUCAGCCCCUCGUGGGCUGUGCAGUUUGCCGCACGGUCCCUUAGUGCAACGACUCACCUACAGGCUCAAGCUCAGACAAAAAGCAAGAAGACAUUGGCCCGUCCCGGCGUGAAGAACAUAGUACUGGUCGAAGGAGUACGAACCCCAUUCCUAAUGUCCGGAACAACCUAUGCUGACCUGAUGCCUCACGACUUGGCUAGAGCAGCUCUACAAGGUCUUCUCCACAAAACAGGCCUACCCAAAGAUGCUGUGGACUACAUAAUCUAUGGAACAGUCAUUCAGGAGGUUAAGACGAGCAAUGUAGCAAGAGAGGCAGCGCUGGGUGCAGGAUUCUCUGACAAGAUCCCUGCUCACACAGUCACUAUGGCCUGCAUCUCCUCCAACCAGGCCAUGACCUCAGCCGUUGGCCUUAUUGCUGCCGGGCAGUGUGAUGCCGUAGUGGCCGGUGGGGUCGAGUUCAUGUCCGACGUUCCUAUCCGUCACAGCCGCAAGAUGAGGAAAACGAUGCUUUCACUCAACAAGGCAAAGACCCUCGGCCAGAGGCUUAGUUUGAUUGGCAGCAUCCGGUUGGCGCACUUCUCACCAGAACUUCCAGCUGUAGCAGAGUUCUCCACAGCCGAAACAAUGGGGCACAGUGCAGACCGCCUGGCUGCUGCAUUUGGUGUUUCCAGAGUUGAGCAGGAUGAGUUUGCUCUACGAUCGCACAGUUUUGCUAAAAAGGCCCAGGAAGCAGGUUUGCUGCAGGAUGUGAUCUCCUUUAAAGUGCCAGGCCGUGAUAUUGUUUCUAAGGACAACGGCAUCCGUCCAUCCUCCAAGGAGCAGAUGGCCAAACUGAAACCAGCCUUCAUUAAACCUCACGGCACCGUCACCGCUGCCAACUCCUCCUUCUUGACUGACGGUGCCUCUGCUGUGCUCAUCAUGUCUGAAGAGAAAGCUCUGGCAAUGGGCUACAAGCCGAAAGCCUACUUGAGAGACUUUGUCUAUGUGUCCCAAGACCCCAAAGAUCAGCUGCUGCUGGGGCCAACAUAUGCUACACCCAAAGUGUUAGAACGUGCUGGCUUGACCAUGAAUGACAUUGACGUGUUUGAGUUCCAUGAGGCCUUUGCGGGUCAGAUUAUGGCAAAUCUGAAGGCUAUGGACUCUGACUGGUUUGCCCAGACAUACAUGGGCAGAAAAGCAAAAGUGGGUACUCCCCCCAUGGAGAAGUUCAAUAACUGGGGAGGCUCUCUGUCCUUGGGUCAUCCAUUCGGUGCCACCGGUUGCAGACUGGUCACCACGGUUGCACACAGACUGCAGAAAGAAGGAGGCCAGUAUGGACUUGUGGCAGCAUGUGCUGCUGGAGGACAGGGUCAUGCCAUGGUGAUUGAAGCCUACCCCAAGUAAAGCCUGUAAAUUACCAUCACUAACCAACAUCCUCAAUUUUGUCACAAGAGCGACAAAAACCCGUACGCGUACAGUACUGAACAGCCAGAUUGUAUAUAUUUGCACCACUUUGCCUUGAUUAGACAAGUCAAGCUAGAGUAUGUGUCAGCCUUGAAUAAAAUGGCUGUUAAUUUAUAGCAGUGACAUGGUUAAGAAUGUCACCUGUUGGUUUAAGGGAAAGGCAGGAGCAUCAUGUCAGCACUUUCUCCAAUGUAUCAUGACAAAGUAAAGGCCUUCAGAUGAUCUAAAAUCCUGGCAUUGUUUAUAAUGUUAGAAUGUUUUUCUUACAAGAUGUUGGAAUUAAAUGAUGUGAUGAUAGAGAA